CGCUUGGCAGCAUCGUUAAAAUCAAACUCCCUUGCCUCUUCUCUCGGUUAGUACUUGUGUAACAGGUUCGGAGAAAAGCUACAAUUACCACAGGCAGAAGGCGAAGGCAACGCAAAGAAGAGAUGGCGAUGGUAGAGCCUUAUCCCGGCAGGGACGAAGAGAUGAAGGCCUUCGACGACACUAAGGCCGGCGUGAAGGGCCUCGUGGACGCCGGCGUCACCUCCAUCCCCAGAUUCUUCUUCGACCCACCAGGUGGUGGAAGCACCGGUGUUGAUUGUCUGACCUCCUCCUUCAACGGUCAGUCACCGGACGGCCCGCAGCUUCCUUCGAUCGACAUGCUCGGCUUGGACGGAGAUCGGCGGGAAGAGAUCGUGAGGGAAGUGCUGCGAGCGGCGGAGGAGUGGGGCUUCUUCGAGGUGGUGAACCACGGCAUCCCGCGGGAGACCAUGGACGAGAUGAUGGAAGGGAUACGGAGAUUCAACGAGCAGGGUGGGGAGGAGAAGAGGCAGUUGUACGGCAGGGAUUUUAGCAAGAAGGUCAGGUUCACUUGCACUUUCGACCUCUUCCGCACCAAGAGGGCCAAUUGGAGGGAUACCCUGUACUGCUUGAUGGCUCCGGAAACACCCGCACCUCAUGAGCUGCCUUCUGCUUGCAGGGAUAUACUUUUGGAGUACUCAAAACAAGUGGAGAAACUGGGGAAGACAUUGUUGGAAAUACUCUCUGAGAGCCUUGGGCUAAGAAGAAGCUACUUGCAUGACAUGGGGUGCUGCCAAGGCUAUGCUUUGCUCUGCCAUUACUACCCGGCCUGCCCACAACCGGAACUCACCAUGGGUACUUCUAGGCAUGCAGACCCCUCCUUCUUCACCGUCCAGAUUGGUGGCCUCCAAGUUCUUCACCACGGACAGUGGAUCAAUGUUGUGCCGAGAGCUGGCGCCUUGAUAAUAAACAUCGGCGACCUUCUGCAGCUAAUAAGUAACGGGAAGCUAGUGAGCACGGAGCACAGGGUGUUGGCGAACCAAUUCGGACCAAGAGUCUCAAUGGCAUGCUUCUUUAAUGCUCACAUAUGUGCGAGCUCCACCAAUUACGGCCCGAUCAAGGAGUUGCUGUCUCCUGAUAAUCCCCCAAAAUACAGGGAUUUACUCCUCAGCGAGUACUUUGAGCAUUCUGAAUCCAGAGGCCUUGAUGGCAGGUCACAUCUUGAUGCUUUUCGAGUUUGAAGGUGGCCAAAUUAGCAAAGGGAAUAUGGAUGCAAAUAAAGGAAAUAAUUUCUUAGAGAUUAUAAUUACAUUAGCAUAAGUGAAAAAAAUUGCAGACAACGGGAGAUGAAUUUUAGGCUCUAUAUCUAUGGAAGCAAAUUUUCAUAAAGAGAAGGAGAUUCUCAGAAUAUAAUUGGCAGCUCACGCAUCUGUUCGCUCUUGUUGGCUCUUUAUAUGUAUGGAUGUUUGCAUGCGUAUGGUUGAUAUAUAUUCAGUGGAACAUUCAAUUUUUAAGUUUAGACACAUAAUCACGAGUAGUUUCUAAACUUGUGAACUGAUAUCCCCUAUGCUUUUCAAAUUUAUCCGGAUCUUCUUCUCUGAGCUUUUA